AGAAUCUAAUCCAUCAACUGUCUCAAGCUGGAGUAACCUGGGCUCCUUUUUCAUCCUGUUGGCAGACAGGGCACACCCCCACCCCCCAAAAUGCCUUAUUUUGCGUUGCUGGCUGGUCUGCUAGCUUUAUCUUUCCUGGCCUGCUGUGGGCGAGGUAAACCCCUAGAGAACUGGGAGAGGGUGCCUGCCUUUGAAAGCACCAAUAAAUUCUUCGGGGAGGCUGUGAAGGGGGAGGAUGACAUGAGCUUUGACUUCAAAAUGUUCCUGGAGAACAUGAAGGUGGAUUUCCUGAGGAGCCUGAAUUUAUCAGGGGUCCCUUCCCAAGACAGGACUAAAGUAGAACCGCCUCAGUUCAUGAUUGAUCUGUACAACAGAUAUACCACCGACAAAUCGUCCACUCCAGCAUCCAACAUAGUGAGAAGCUUCAGCAUUGAAGAUGCUGUCUCUAUGUCUUCGACAGACAGACGUCCCUUCCAGAAGCACAUCUUACUCUUCAACCUCUCUAUCCCAAGACAUGAGCAAAUCACCAGGGCUGAUCUCCGGCUCUAUAUUUCAUGUCAAAGCCAUACUGAAUUGCCCCAUGAACUGAAAGGCAACAUUGCCAUUUAUGACAUCCAAGGUGGAACAGACUUCUGGGAAGGUACAGAGGGGACCAAGUCCUUCCUUGUGUCCCAGACCAUCCAAGAAAGUGGAUGGGAAACAUUUGAGGUCUCCAGUGCAGUGAAACGAUGGGUCAGGUCAGAUCCAACAAAGAACAAAAACAAAUUGGAAAUCAGAGUGGAAAGUCAUAUGAAAGGAUGUGAAAAAUUGGACAUCAGUGUCCCCCCAGAUUCCAAAAACUUGCCUUUCUUUGUUGUGUUCUCUGAUGACCGCAGCAAUGGGACAAAAGAAACAAAGAUGGAGCUCAGAGAAAUGAUAGGUCAUGAGCAAGAGAGCGUACUCAAGAAGUUGUCCAAGAAUGUUAGUGCUCAGGAAGAAGAGGAAAUGGAAGAAGAAAUAGAGAAUUUCUCCAUCAGGAGACCAUUUUCAUCCAGAAACAAAAGAAGCACAACUCCCAACAACCACUGCCAAAGGAGCUCCCUUCGAGUCAACUUCAAAGAUAUUGGCUGGGACAACUGGAUCAUUGCCCCGAAGGAGUAUGAUGCAUACGAAUGUAAAGGAGUCUGCUUCUUCCCUCUUGCUGAUGAUGUCACUCCAACUAAGCAUGCCAUUGUUCAGACUUUGGUGCAUCUCAAAAACCCCAUGAAAGCUGGGAAAGCCUGCUGCGUGCCCACCAAACUGAACCCAAUUUCUAUUCUUUACAAAGAUGAUGUUGGAGUGCCCACUUUAAAAUACCAAUAUGAAGGAAUGAGUGUGGCAGAAUGUGGAUGUAGGUAGUACCUGAUCAUCUGUCAAGCCAGGAAAGAGGAAAAUAUUGGCAUACUGUUCUGGGGUGGAAGGGGAGGGGAGGUAUCAAAAGGCAUACUCUUGUACUAAGCUAUCCAUUGGUGCUGACAAUGUUAACUGGAGUAGGCAAUCUUGGAAGGGAAGAAAGAAAAAAAAUCUAAGAUUCUAAAGCUGUUGCAUGGAACUAGUUAUUUGGAAGCAUCACUGCAAACGACCCUCUUAGGUAUAUGUCCAACAGGAGUAAGGUUGGACUCUGAAGCACUCAAAGGGGAUCUUGGGAAAACAGAAUUGGGUGGGGAGGAUGUAAA